AUGCCAUCUAAAAAGGUUCUAUUUAUUCAUUCAAAUCAAAAUUGCAUUUUUUAUAACCACUGCUUCAUAAAAAAUACCAUGUGUGGACAAAAAUCGGGUGUUAGAAGAAUGUCUUGGUUUAAAACGGCAUUAAAGCAUGUUUUGAUAUUAACUGUGAGACCCCUCUUUCUGAGGGGUCGGAAAAGGUAA